UGAAGGCUGGACAGACGAGCGGCGUGGGGAACACUGAUAGGGAGAGAGAGAGAGACAGAGAGACACAGAGGGAGACAGAGGGAGACAGAGGGUAGGUGGGUUGGUGGCGAGGGGGGGGCUCGCAGGGCGGAAGACGGAGACUCCCCUGUCGUCGUCGCUGCCAAAACGGUCCAGAUGGGUGCGACUCUCCGCGGCUGAGCCCCGGCCACCGAUCCAGCGGCGCGGCGCCAGUGCAGCCCGGUGGCGCAUGAGUCCGGCGGAACACAGUUGGAUAUUCCAACAGCCUGCGCGAAUGACACUCCGCUUUCAUGGCUCAACAGGAAGCAGAUGUCCCCAUCCGUCACAUCGUCUUGUGUCUCGCACAAACUUUUCCAGCGCUCACAAACAGUGCCAGGCUUUAUUCUCCGUUCUGGACACCCGGCAGCGCGCACCGUGACGCGCUAUAUCACUUGGGCCGAGCUGCAACUGUAGCACCACCCCACGGCUGCAUCUAUUGAGCAGAACAGGAGCAUGACGGGGUGUGACUUACUGUAACCUAGUUACAGCUCUGUGUGUGUGUGUGUGUGUGUGCACCUCAGUCAUAUGUGGGCUGUUUGCCUUGGUCAGAGCCUUCUGAAUAGCAGGCAUUCAAGACCUCUGCAUAGCCGUUGGUCAGGGACUGGACUGCACUGUGCAUGACUUGUUUUUUCGCUGCAGGCCUGCAUGUUCCUCCUCCUCCUCCUCUCAUCCUUUCUCUGACCUAAAGCAAGAAUACAAUGAGCAACGGUAGAAACAGCAGCACAUGGAGGAUUAUGCAAGACCGGCGCCAUGCUCCCCCGUAAUCUGCGAACAGGUGGUUAUGACCUGCCGGGGGUGGAGUCCAGCGACGUGCCUCUCAUUGGCUACCGGCCUUUACCACCUGACUGUGGCACCCCGGGCCGCCAAUCAGGGAGGGGUGGCGGCAGUGAUGAACUGGAAACUUCACAAGCAGAGCCCUCACCGAUGAAGACGACCUGGUACUGUCCUCUCGAUCUGUCCACUGUGGUGGAGGAGGAGGAGGAUGGCGUGAUCUACACGGUGGUGGUCAAACAGCAGCAUGGAGGCCCCGCCAGUCCAGUGUCUGCAGUUUCUCGCUCCCAGUGUGCCAAAGCAGGAACAGAGGAGAAGCUGGUGCUCCACCUCCUUCACUCCUUUUCUAUGGGAGACUCUUCCUUCAUCACCAUCUUCCUCUCCACCUAUCGCUCCUUCACCACCACGGAGAGAGUGCUGGACAUCCUCACUGACAGAUUGGAGAACCCACCUGGGGAGAGCGAGAGGAGCCCGAUGAGACAAUCUUUCAACAAGGCGGUGUGUACUGUGUUCAGGACAUGGCUCACGGAGUUCCCUGAAGACUUUAAGAGUUUGCGGGAGCCCUCGUGCCUGCUGCGCCUGGCUCCCCUGCUCCCCCGGGACUCCUCCUCUGCAGCCGACCUCUGCGCUCGCCUCCUCAGGAUAGCCGAGGAGCUCAGCGAGAAAGCCCUGCUCCCCGACGCCCGUAGAGAUCAGAGCGGUUUCCCCAGCCCUCCUCCUGACGCCUGCAAGUUUGAGCCCACCAGCAUCCUGGGAUUUCCUGCACCGCUCAUUGCCGAGCAGCUCACCAAGAUAGAGACGGAGCUGUUUGUCCGUCUGGUGCCGUACCACUGCCUCGGCUCACUGUGGUCCCAAAGGGAUAAGAAAGGGCGGGAAGGCGUGUGUUGGUCCGUCCGGGCCACCGUACGUCAGUUCAACAAGUUGGCCAAUGCGGUUCUGGCGUCGUGCCUUUGCCCCACAACGCUGCGCAGCCAGCAGCGAGUUCGACUGUUGGAGAAGUGGAUCAGCGUGGCAGAGGAGUGCCGAGCCAGAAAGAAUUUCUCCUCGCUGUACGCCAUCGUGUCCGCCCUUCAGAGUAACCCCAUCCACCGGCUGAGGAAGACGUGGCAGGACACUGACAGGGAGGCGAUUAAGAGAUACGAGGAACUGUCGGAAAUAUUCUCGGAGAAGGACAACUACUCGCAGAGUAGAGAACUCCUGAAGGAGGAGGGCACGUCGAAGUUCGCCAACACGGACAGCAGGCUCAACAACAGACAUCUUAAUAAGUCCACCGCCCAGGGCACCGUGCCCUACCUGGGUAUCUUCCUCACAGACCUCACCAUGCUGGACACUGCGGUCAAAGACAGGCUCGAUAAUGGCUACAUCAACUUUGACAAAAGGAGAAGGGAGUUUGAGGUUUUAGCUCAAAUCCGACACCUGCAGUCUUCCUGCAAAAACUGUGUCUUCAGCAGCGACAGGUCCUUCAUGCUGUGGUAUCACAGUGUACCUGCACUUACAGAGGAGGAGAGUUACAGGCUGUCCAAUGAAAUUGAAACGCCCAGUGAGCCGAGCCCCCGCGGUUUCACUCCAACAGUCAUCAUCACACAGUGCCCAGACCUGAGCACCUCUCGGACCAGCCUGGCUGGUGACAGUGAAAGCCUCUUUGACUUCCCCUCACCGGUCAAUCACCUGCUAUCAAAACUCACAAAGCACAUGAGAUCUCCGUCCGUCUCCUGCCUGGAUGUCGACACGUCCCCGCCUACUAACGACUCCACCCCCGCCACUCUGACUCCAUCCUCCCCCACAAAAUCACACCGCCGAUCGGCCUCCUGCGGCAACAACCCCCCCAAUAACAUCAAAGGGUCGGGGCCCGACAUGCGAAUCAUCAGGAUACGGAUGGACCUGCAUGAUGGAAACCUGUACCGGAGCAUACUGGUUACAAGCAAUGAUAAGACCCCCGCUGUGAUCAGCUCUGCCUUAGAAAAGCACAUUCAGGACCCCAAACAGGCGUCCAAGUAUGAGCUGAUCCAACUCCUGCCUGACGGAAAAGAACUGGUCAUCCCCGCGACAGGAAACGUCUUCUACGCCAUGACGUCGUCCAGCGUCGACUUCCUGCUGAGGAGGAGAGGCGGGAACACCCCUCUCGGCUCCCAGCCAAUCAGCACGGAGACGAGCGCCACGUUUCCCCGAAUCAAGGCCAAGGGGAGGAGACUGGCCAGGACUCUGUUUUGACAUCAGCUCUUCCUCAACUUUGUCCCACGGUGACACUUCCCCCGCGGCCUCUGACCCGGACCGCGGGGCGACCUCUAACAGACAGUACAGAACGCGGCCUUCUCAUGUGCAAAAACUAAAAUCGACACAUGCCUUUAUCCCAUGCUCCUGCAAAGCCUGCUCUACCAAAACACAGAGACCAAGUUCGUCAGACAUUUUCAGACCUCCUGCGCUCACCAGAGAACUGUUGCUGCUGCUGAAGAACAGUGUCCGCUGCCCUCUUUUUCCAAUCGAAAUGCAACAUGCAGCGGAGGAGCAAUGGAAGCCUUUCACUGAGUGCUCUUGAUGCUGGCUCUGGGGUCUCCCAGUCGGGUAGCACUUAAUGCAAUUUUUUUUUUCCUUUUCAUUCCAACUGAAUGAAUAAGAUCUGUUUUAAUUAACACUAGGAAAUCCCUUGUUGUUGUUGUUGUUGUUGUUGUUGUUGUCUGCCUCCGCUGUGGGCGAUGUUUCCGAAUUUAAGAGGGAGAUUUAAUUGGUCGGAACGUCUUUCUGGGAUCACCCAUGAGGCCAUGGCAGGAUUUGUAUAACGAAAUCUUAAUUUUUCAGAUCGGGGUCCUGGGAAACAGCACAAAUUACAGGAGGACACGUGGAUGUAAACAGAUCGGUCGGAGAGUAAACUCAUCAUUGUAGCAAAACACUGGAGGUUGUCACACAAGACCACAUUUAUGUUUUGUAUAUAUUUAUAUAUUUUGUACGUCUUCUUUGUCAUUCCAACUAUGUGUUUACACCGGCAAAAAGCUCUAUAUGUCCAAAUAGUCGGUUUAUCGAGGAAAAAAAUGCAUCGAACACCUGCAAAGUUUCCCCUUUGAACAGGUCGGCACGUCCACGCUCGGUGAGCGAUCAAGCAGAUGUUAAUUUCGUCUCAGAGCUUAAUGCUUGCGCUGAUCAAUACUUUUCUAUUGACGCUGACUAUUUGACGACAUAUCUAUAAGGUGAAGUUCGCGGACGUUAUCGACACCUUUUUCCAGCAGCAGCUGCUUUCAAAAUAAGGCACUGAUAAGACGUCGGAACUACCUUUGCCACACUAUCUAGCAAACGGGAGAGCGGACAGGUCGCACGCCUCGCAGCUACAGAGCCAGAAGUUUAUCUCAGAAGUAGUUUCAUGAGACGAUCAGAAACCCUUUCCUCAGCUGGAUGUGAGUGUUGGCAGCUGUUAGCUAACAAACUUCAUAAGGCAAUAAAACGUUACACAGCUCGUUUUGGUAUAUUUCCGCCCCCUAGUGGCCAAAAAGUUCAAUGGCCAUUAUUACUGCAGCUUUAACAGCAAACAAACUUGCGGCUCUGUCAAACCUUGUGGCUUUAAAUUCAAAAAUGCCACCAGUUAGUCUCAACGUUUUUCCGGCAUAAGAUACAAAUGUCAACGUGUGCAGGUUUUUCCAGCAGCUCAGCGGGACCCAUCUCCACUGCUGUUUCCCACAAGGACUCGGCUCCGCUUCUGUCGUCUGGGAUUUACGAAACACACAACCUCAAAAGUUUCGACACAAGUCUCGUGACCUCUGGAGGUCACACUCCGUGCUCGGCGCCGGUGAGGUCUGCGCGCAUCGGCCGAGGCACGAGCAUGGCGGGACCCGGGGAGAGGAUUCUGGGUAAAAUGAUAAAUAGAUGACGUGUGCUGGCGUAACGCCGUGCUACUGAUUGUUUCAGUGCCUUUCUCUAAAAACCAAAAAGGGGGUGCUCACCUUUUCCCAUGUUUGCGUUAGAAUGUGUGCAGCACACGCGGAGGAAAUGCAGUCGCCUCCGGUGCUGUGCGGUGUCACAUCAAAGCUAUUUAUGCACUACAUACAGGAUGUCCUAUUUUUGUGUGAAUAAACUUACUUUUAUAUGAAA